AUGGCUGACAUCAAGAAAGAUAUUAAAGCUCCAGUCACUCCAGUAGUUGUAAAGAACAUUACCAUUACAGUCACUUCAACUAAAGUUAAGGCAGUUGAAGCCCUUUGUACUGAAGUAAAAGAAAACGGAAAGAAGAAAGGAGUUCAAGUCAAAGGUCCAGUUAGAAUUCCAACUAAAACUUUAAGAAUCACCACAAGAAAGACACCAUGUGGUGAAGGUUCAAAGACUUGGGAUCAUUACCAAAUGAGAAUUUAUAAGAGAGUAUUAACAUUGAAAACUACUCCAGAACUUGUUAAAGAAAUUACUUCUCUCAAGAUCGAACCAGGAGUAGAACUCGAAGUUGCUAUGUUCGAUUAA